CUCUUAUUUCUCGCCGUCAUCCACAUUAUCGGGAGCGUCUGUAGCGGGGACAUGCUCAGGACAUCAUUGCGCAAGGCCUUGCGGGCCUCCCAGAGGUCGUUCCACACGACCUCUCCUGCUAAGAUGGUCGUCGCGACCAAACCUACCAAGGCCCAGGAAGUCCCGUCCUGGGCGUCAGGGAACUAUCCUCUGAUUGAGCACGAAUAUGAUGCUAUCGUUGUAGGGGCAGGAGGGGCAGGUCUUCGUGCAGCGUUCGGUCUUGCCGAGGCUGGCUUCAACACUGCCUGUAUAACCAAGCUCUUCCCGACAAGGAGUCACACAGUCGCCGCUCAGGGUGGUAUCAACGCCGCGCUUGGGAACAUGACUGAAGAUGAUUGGCGGUGGCACAUGUACGAUACGGUGAAAGGCUCGGAUUGGCUUGGUGACCAGGAUGCUAUCCAUUAUAUGUGUCGCGAAGCUCCCAGCACUGUUAUCGAGCUCGAACACUUCGGUGUUCCGUUCUCACGAACGCCAGAGGGCAAGAUCUACCAGCGCGCGUUCGGUGGUCAGUCAUUGAAGUACGGAAAGGGCGGUCAGGCAUAUCGAUGCGCCGCCGCUGCCGACCGUACUGGACAUGCUCUUUUGCACACCCUCUACGGCCAGUCUCUCCGGCACAACACGAAUUUCUUCAUUGAAUAUUUCGCGUUGGACCUCAUCAUGCAAGAUGGAGAGUGCGUUGGUGUGAUUGCCCUCAACAUGGAGGAUGGCACGCUCCAUCGUUUCCGUGCACACAAGACUGUGUUGGCCACUGGUGGUUACGGCCGUGCAUACUUCAGCUGCACAAGUGCACACACUUGUUCUGGCGACGGCAAUGCCAUGGUUGCCCGGGCCGGCCUUCCUUUGCAGGACUUGGAGUUCGUCCAGUUCCACCCUACCGGAAUCUAUGGUGCUGGUUGUCUCAUCACCGAAGGUUCUCGAGGUGAGGGUGGAUACCUCUUGAACUCGGAGGGUGAGCGGUUCAUGGAGCGUUACGCCCCCACUGCGAAGGAUCUUGCCUCUCGUGAUGUCGUGUCGCGUAGCAUGACGAUCGAGAUCCGCGAGGGUCGUGGUGUUGGUCCUGAGAAGGACCACAUUUACUUGCAGCUCAGCCACUUGCCUCCUGAGGUUCUUCACGAGAGGCUGCCCGGUAUCUCGGAGACGGCUGCCAUCUUCUCUGGUGUUGAUGUUACCAAGGAGCCAAUUCCUGUUCUGCCCACUGUCCACUACAACAUGGGCGGUAUUCCUACCAAAUUUACUGGUGAAGUCCUCACAACUGACGAGAAUGGCAAGGACAAGGUUGUUCCGGGUCUCUAUGCGGCAGGCGAAGCCGCAUGUGUUUCUGUCCAUGGAGCGAACCGUCUCGGUGCCAACUCGCUUCUGGAUAUCGUUGUCUUCGGUCGUGCAUGCGCACACCACAUCAAAGAGACGCUUACCCCCGGCAAGCCCCACAAGGAAAUUCCCCAGGAAGCUGGGUUGGAGAGCAUUGAGUUCCUCGACAAGAUCAGGAAGUCCGAUGGCCCCCUGCCCACCGCGAAGAUUCGUCUCGACAUGCAGAAGGCUAUGCAGGCGGAUGCUGCUGUCUUCCGUACACAAGAGACGCUUGAUGAAGGUGUACAGAAGCUGCGCUCAAUCUACCAGAGCUUCGACCAGGUCGGCAUUAAGGACAGGAGCAUGAUCUGGAACUCGGACCUCGUCGAGACUCUUGAGCUCCGCAACAUCUUGCAAAACGCUGUCCAGACUAUCACCGCCGCCGCUGCUCGCAAGGAGUCUCGUGGCGCGCACGCGCGCGAGGACUAUCCUGAGCGUGACGAUGAGCACUGGAUGAAGCAUACCUUGACAUGGCUUCCUGACGCGGACAAGCCUGACGUCAACAUUAAGUAUCGUAAUGUCAUCGACAAGACCCUGGAUGAGAACGAGUGCAAGCACGUGCCGCCCUUCAAGCGUGUCUACUAAAAUCUCUUGUGCCCGUCUAGUCUUGCGUGGGGGAGAAGUUGGCUGUAGCUAUCGUGUUGUAAUUCAGGAUUGCGUUUUUGUGCAUCUUUUUUCUCC